AUGGAGGUCCAUUUUUACCCCAUGAAGCAGCGCCUCGCGCCUGCGGUGUCCAUAUGGGACCGCGGUCUUGCGGUCCCGACGCGCCUGGCCAGUACAGCGACCAAAUUUGCUUCACGAGUGUGCGAACUGGAGCUGGCCCCCCCCUCGGGGCCGCCGGACCCGCAAGCAGCGCAGCAUUACCAGCCCCAAUUCGCCGUGCAGCAGGAGCAGCAGCAGCAGCAGCAGCAGCAGCAGCAGCAGCAGCAGCAGCAGCAGCAGCAGCAGCAGCAGCAGCAGCAGCACCAGCAGCAGGUGCCCCAGCAACAGCAGGAGCAGGAGCAGCAGCAGCCGCUGCCGCAGGCAGCGGCCGCCUUUGAGACCAAGAAGGCCGGCAAGCUGUCCCGCGCGUUCCCCCUUGUAGCCAUCGUGGGCCAGCAGGCGAUCAAGCGCGCCCUGCUGCUGGCCGCGGUCGACCCCGGCCUGGGGGGCGUCGCCAUCAUGGGGCGCCGCGGGACCGCCAAGUCGGUGAUGGCGCGCGGCGUGCACGCGCUGCUGCCGCCGAUCGAGGUGGUGGAGGGGUCCUUCUGCAACGCGGAUCCAGACGACCCCCGCACCUGGGAGGUGCGCGGGCACCCCGCUUCAUCUGGUUGUUGUUUUCUCUUUGGACAGCCUAGUUGA